AUGGACUCCAAUCAAUCAUUGGCCAUCGAACGACCCCAACCAUUUAUGGUCACUUCUCUGCCGGCUUACAAUUUGAAUCUUCUGCCUGGGUAUACGGUAGCCGGAACAAACCUACUGUAUCCGCCAGGUAAGGAGAAAAAGAAUGCCCAAAAAUUUUAGAACACUUCUGGUUAUGUUUGUUGUCACUUUUCUUUUAUUUUUUUGGUUCUUUCUUGGUUCACCGAGACGGCGAAGAAACGGCGAACUGCGCCCGGGCUUUUCGAUGAGAUCUGAUUUUUGUAGGGUUUAUGCUAAAUUUGGAAUUUAGGUUUUAUGUGGAUAAAAAAUAGAGCUAAAGAUGGUGUUAUAGAGCGUUUAUUUUCCAUAUUUGGUUGAAUAAUUAUGGAGAUAUACGCAUUUUACUUUAAUAUACCAAGUGCAAUAUAAAAAGGUCAAAUUUUCUUUGAAUUCUUGAAAAAUCUUGGCUUAGAAUAGGGCACCGUGACAGCCUUUUCUUCGCUGUUCAUCUAAAAAUCCUGUCAGAGCUCAGAAAGUUCCGUUUUCGUCUCAAAAUCUUUAGUGUAAUUUCAAAACUUCUGAAAAAUGAUGAUUUUUCUGAAAACUCUUCAAAAUUCAGGUGUCGACUACAACCAAAUCAACGAAUUCCUCCCUCAAAUGACAGUCCUACUCCCUCAACAAACUUUACCAUCAAUUUCCGAGCCAUCAAAAGCCAAAGAAGAAGCGCCUAAGGCGCUCGAACAAUCCCUCCCAAAACCCGCAGACAACGACGGGAUGGGUCCGCCGACCAAGAAAAAGAUCAUCAGCCCAUUCUCUUCCGAGGCCAAGGUUCCGCUGCCUUCACAGUUGGAUGAAUUGUGGUGAGUUUGGGUGCAAGGAUAAUGUAAAUUUUGGUGUUUAGGAGCUAUGGAACCACUGUUCAUAGACGGAAUCAAAGAGAAAGAGAUCGAGUUCGACAGGUUAAUGAUGGUUAUGCAAGAUUGCGGGAACAUCUCCCUUUAAUCGAGAGGUAAAUCCAGGUUUUUUCACAAGGAGAGUACCCCUAUGGGGGCUCCUGAUUUUUGACGGGAUAUAUGUCAAAAAAUCCAAAAAAUUGUGCUGAUGAAGGGUAUGUAAAAAUUACCUGCCAAAUUUAGGUUUUUAGGGGUGAAAAAUCAAUCGCAAGUUGACUUAAAGUCCUAUGUACAAGUCCUACGUAAACCCAUUUUCGCUUAAUUUUCCACAGGUUUACAACUUUUAUUUUAGCUUAAAGUUAUGUUUCUUGAGUUUCUUAAGACGUAAUAAAUCAGUCUUGGCACAAAAAUUUAUUUUUCAGACCUUCAACUUCGAAAAAAGUUGAUUCAGCCCAAAAGGGAAAUCGAACCCGUCCGGCGCCCCCCUCUUGAUUCCCAGACUACGGCACUAGCCACUCGCCUACGCUCUCUUCCGGAGGAAAAGAUCGAUGCGCCUUUUGUAGCGAAAUUAAUUAACAGGGGAAGUACUCCAAGUGCGACGCUCAGAUUUUGAUGAAACUUGGCACAAAUUUAGAACAAUUUUUUCUAAUAUAUAUGCGAGAAUCCUAGCUCGCGCUUUACAGAAACAAGCGAGAUUUUUAGAUCGAAAGUCGGCCAAAAUUUCGGACUUUUUGCCGAAUUUCGGCACGAAAAGUUUCGUGCCUAUUUCAACUGUAAAGGCUAGUGUUUCCACAAAAAAUCAAAUUUUUCCGCUGCCAAAGUUAUGGCCAAAAAGCGCUUUUCUCUCUGACCGCUCUCCACGUUUAGCGUGCUCUCUCGGCGGCAUAAAUCGUCCGAUAUCUUGGUGGCACCCGCAAAGCGCGAGCUAAAACUUUCAGGAACUGAUAUUUAGUCCAAAUCCGACGUGUGUGCAAAAUUUAAAGAAAAUCUGAGCGUCGCACUUGGAUUACUUCCCCUGUAAGCCAGUUUUUGGGCAAUUUAGACCCCUAAACCCAAAAUUGGGCAGCUUAGUUUUAUAUAUUCUUGAUCAGCACAAUUUUUUGGAUUUGAUAUGUCCCGUCGAAAAGUAGGAGCCCCCAUAAAAGUACUUUCCUUCUCACGUCAGAUAAAAUUUACCAUCACAUUGUUUUACAUCCCUAUGAUUUCAGUGAGAAGCGAAUAAGCAAGGUAGACACUCUCCGACUCGCCAUCAUCUACAUCCAUCAUCUAGAAAAUGUAGUGAGGAAUGUAAAUCACGAAUUGGAAUGCGUUUGCUUCCUGCAUUAUCAGCCCUCCGGCAAUUCAUCGAACUAG